CUGCUGAAACCAGAUUUUCGCGCCCAUCGUCGCUCAGCCAGCUACGGUGGUGAACUCUUCUCCUCGGCGACUCGAGAGAUUAGUGAGGUGGCUAGCCGGGUGGCGGAACAGGCAGAGGAGUUGGUGCUGCAUUUGUGGGAGCAGGGUUGGCGCGUGGUGCACCACACCAGUCUGCCUCUGUGGCUCCGUGACAAUGACUACCUGCUCUGGGGUCACAGACCGCCGCUGACCUCAUUUCAGGCCUGUUUCAGGUCCAUUUUCCGACUACACACCGAAACUGUCAACAUAUGGACGCACCUGAUUGAACUUUUGGUCAAUCAGCCCUUCCAGACCGAAGUGUGGGGAUUUGAAAUAUGA